CUGUGAUGACCGAGCGCGUGCAGGUGCUUCGCGAUUUUCCCCGCCGAAUCAUGGGCGUCAGGCGGAGCGCGCCGCUGCAGCUUGCGCGCUCGGCUUCGGCUUGUUCGUGUUGGGCAAGGACGUGACUGGGCCGGAGAGUUGCGCCACCAUCGGAACGCGCUGCCCCAGGUGGCCGCCUUAUUGCUGGACGAACACAGCCGCCGGCAGAAGGUGCUGCCCCUACCCGAGUUCCCACAUGCCAAGCGCAGCGAGCUUCUUACUGGUUCCGGCGCCCCCACAUAGAAGGGAAUGCCGGGCAGAGGAGUACAUCGAGGAAGUUUCCUCGGCGGGACGCUGCGCCAGGGACAUCCGGAGCAGCUCGCGCGCUUGACCAGGGCGGUCCGGCGCCUAGCCUGCGCGCCCCAUUACUUUCGGCGCCCAUUGCCGAACUCCUUCCGCCCCGUCCGCCCAAGCGUCCUCCGCUCCGGACGCACGCCGGGGGCCCGCGGCGCUGGUUUAUUGGAAGGCUGGCCCCCCCGGGAGGUUCUCGAGAACGCGGGGCGCCGUUGCGCGUCAUGCCUGGACAAAGAGCGCCAGGCGCCCGCCCCGCCGCGGCGGUUGGCCGGCGGGCCGAGGGAGACAGUCCUGCACGAGGGUGCCGACUACUGUCUCGCGAGAAGUGGCAAAAAGCUGUCGCGCGUCGGCCCCCGGCCUUCUUUUUCUGCUUGCCCGCGCCCGCUGCCCCCGCGCGCCCCGCCCGCGGGCUGUUUGCCGGGUCCGCCCUCAUCGCCCGCCUUUGCGCUGGUUUGGGCGCCCUCUUCGGGCUCGUCUUGUUUGUCUUUGAUCCGGGAGUGGCCCUAGUCCUUUCGCCGGCCAGCUCGCUUGUCUCUCUGUGGCCCGCCCGUCGGUGGUGUAGACGGUCCCUUUUCGGUGGGCGAGGGGAGUUAUUGAUUGCCGAGCGUUGCACUCGGCCACAUGCUCGCUGCGCGAAAGCAUUUUGACGUGGCGCUGCAGCUGGUGCUGGAUAGGUUGUCGUGAUCGCCGUGCAGCAUCUCGGCGGCAAUGGCCUAGCGCUAUUCGUUCAUACGGCAUUCGUUCAUACGUGGCCAUCCGGCCGCGGUUGUACUAAAGCUAGCCGCCCGCGGUGAUCUUUCAGUCGAAU